AAAUUCAAAACAGACAUAUUUCGAAAAACAUUUAAAUAUGUCUCAUACGCAUAUAAAUACGCUCAUGGUACAGUAAAAUAUCACAGUGACUUCACACAUGCCAGAUGAGUUGUUCAUACAUUCCGUGUUUACAUCACGAGUUUCGCGCAAUGCAUGACGGGCAAUGUAGUUCAGUGAAGCCGCCGCAACGCCGGCUCACUCGAGCAAGCGCUAUGUUCAUGCACUACAUUUACCACAAGCCUUCGCGCGACGAGUUUGCCCGGCGGUUAAUGUAGUUCUUCGCGCGGCUCGCGCUGUGCGCUGACAGGGCUCACGGACUCCAUUACCCAGCGUUCCGCGCGCCGCUGGUAAUAAACAGAGCUGUCAAACAACAUCGACGCCAUUUCGACAAGAGCCUCAAAAUGGCAGUAUAACACAGAGCGAGGAUCGCUCCUCACUGAAUAAGAAGCGACGCGCGCUUCCCACGAACACAGACGCGCUUUAACGGACACCUGAAGACGCCCCGCGGUCACGCGAUGGAUAUCAGCACCGCGGUGUUUAACGCGGCGAGAGACGGGAAACUGAAACUCAUCCAGAAGUUGCUGAGCAACAAAAGUCCGGAGGAGCUGGAGGCGCUGGCGGAGGAGAAGACGCAGGGAGGCACGCCGCUGCUCAUCGCCUCGCGCUACGGACACCUGGAGGUGGUGGAGUACCUGCUGGAGCACUGCAAGGCCGGCGUGGAGCUCGGGGGCGCCGUCAGCUUCGACGGAGAGACGAUAGAAGGCGCUCCGCCGCUGUGGGCGGCCUCCGCCGCGGGGCACCUGCCGGUGGUGAAGACGCUCCUGAAGCACGGGGCCUCCGUCAACAGCACCACCCUCACCAACUCCACCCCGCUGCGGGCCGCCUGCUUCGACGGACACCUGGAGAUCGUGCGCUACCUGGUGGAGCAUCGCGCGGACAUGGAGGUGGCCAACCGGCACGGUCACACCUGCCUGAUGAUCUCCUGCUACAAGGGCCACAAGGAGAUCGCCCGGUUCCUGCUGGAGCGCGGGGCCGACGUCAACCGGCGGAGCGUGAAGGGCAACACCGCUCUGCACGACUGCGCCGAGUCCGGCAGCCUGGAGAUCAUGAAGAUGCUGCUGAAGGGCGGCGCGAGGAUGGAGCGGGACGGAUACGGCAUGACCCCGCUCCUCGCCGCCAGCGUCACCGGACACACCAACAUCGUGGAGUACCUGCUGCACCAGCCGCGCGCCGCCCGAGAGCCCCGCAUCGACGCGCUGGAGCUGCUGGGGGCCACCUUCGUGGACAAGAAGCGAGACCUGCUGGGAGGCGUGCGCUACUGGAGGAGAGCCAUGGAGCUGCGGCAGGGCGAGAAGAGCCUGAGCAAACCGGCCGGGCCACCGGUGCCAGCGUACGACUGCGCCCGCGAGGUGUGUACGGCCGAGGAGCUGGAGGCGCUGGUCACUGACCCCGACGAGAUGCGCAUGCAGGCGCUGCUGAUCCGAGAGCGCAUCCUCGGGCCCUCGCACCCGGACACGUCCUACUACAUCCGCUACCGCGGGGCCGUCUACGCCGACUCGGGCGACUUCGAGCGCUGCAUCCGUCUGUGGAAGUACGCUCUGGACAUGCAGCAGAGCAACCUGGACCCGCUCAGCCCCAUGACGGCCAGCAGCUUCCUGUCCUUCGCCGAGCUCUUCUCCUUCGUGCUGCAGGACCGAGCCAAGGGCCGGGUCGCUCGGGUCACCUUCCAGGACCUGAUGGGUGUUCUGGGGAAGAGCGUGCGUGAGGUGGAGCGGGCCGUGGCGCAGCGGGACAGUCCUCCGGAGACGCCGCAGUUCACCAAAGCGCUGUCCAUCAUCCUGCACCUGCUGUUCCUGCUGGAGAAGCUGGAGUGUGCCCCGGAGCAGGAGCACCAGAAGCGGCGGACCGUGUACCGGCUGCUGAAGCUCAGCCCGCGGGCCAGGAGCGGCUACACACCGCUGCACAUGGCUGUGGACAAGGACACCACGACGGUGGGCCGUUACCCGGUGGGGCGGUUCCCGUCUCUGUCCGUGGCGCGUCUGCUGCUGGAGUGCGGCGCUGACGUGGACUCACGCGACUGCGAGAACAACACGCCGCUGCACGUCGCCGCCGCUAACGGCUGUCCGGAGAUCAUGGCGGCGCUGAUCCGGGCCGGAGCGCACUUCGACGCCACGAACGCCCAGCGCAAGACGGCCUACGAGCUCCUGGACGAGCAGAGCAGCGGGCGGCACGCGCUCCACCCGCUCAGCUACGUCACGCUGCAGUGUCUGGCGGCCCGCGCCGUCGAGAGACACAGACUGCCCUACAGAGGGCUGAUCUCAGAGGAGAUGGAGGCCUUCAUCGAGCUGCACUGACCCAGCAAUAAUCCACCGGUCAGUGACGCUCCCGAGGGCCGCUGGGGGUCUUCCAGGAAACCUCUCUGUUCUCGUCUUUGACUGACGGGUUAGUUUCAGGGCAUCACAGACUGCUCAUGAUCAGAGCAUUAAUGCAAGUGUUUUCUGUCAGACUCUGAGCGUCUCUCAGCCAGUGUUUGUUCUCCGUGAUGAUCCUGAAGGACACUGAAGACCGUGGUGCCAAUGCUAUCUUUUCUAACAGCUUUGAAUGUCUGCGGCUGUGAUUUUUAAUGUGUUUUUACUCAAUUUCCUUCCUGUGGGGAUGGACUGUAAUGUAUAGAUCUUGGCACUUUACCCCCCCCCUGUAUGAGAACAGCUAUUUUUGACUUGCUGACGUUUCGUUGUUAUCUAUGCAGUUUAUUAACAGCGGUGGAUUUGGAGUGACAGAUUUGGCAACCCAGGUUGAUUUGUGUUUUCUUUUCCUACGCAGGGUUACGUGAAAAGCUUCCUGUGUGUUGUAAGUUUAUUCUAAUGCCUGUAAGUUUUUAUUCUCGGUCAGGUUUCAUUGCUGAAGUGAUUUAUUUCUCUGUUGUCCGGUCUGUUGUUGUAAAUGCCACCCUGUGAAAGCACUUUGGAAAUGUUAACCUCAAAACCAGAGACGUCUCUCAGAAACUACAAGUGAUUUAGUUAAUUUAAGACAAUUUACUACAAGACAAAAAUGUGUAUGGUGAUGCCUGAAUAAACUCGAGUGUCCCGUC